AUGUUUGAACAGCUGAAGCCAAUCGAACCUGUACAGAAGAUGUUCCCAUGGGUGGGCAAGGUAGCUGCCACCCUGCAGGAAGCCAUGAAGAGAGAUUGCUGGAGGGAGGCAUGGGUGAAGAAGAAGCCAGUCACCUUUGAGGAUGUGGCAGUGAAUUUCACCCAGGAAGAGUGGGACUGUCUAGAUGCCAGCCAGAGGGUCCUUUACCAGGAUGUUAUGUCGGAAAUCUUUAAGAACCUAGCAUCUGUGGGUAAGAGGCUGGGCUUCCCUCAGCAAGCCCCCUGUCCUAAGGGCCCUGGAACAUCUGAAGGUAAGAAGAAAGAGCUUCGAGAACAACAUCCCAGUCUGAGAGAUGAGGGGACUAGUGAUGACAAGGUCUUCUUUGCAUGCAGAGGGGCCGGCCAGUGCCCCCUCUCUGCCCCAGUUGGGUCUAUGGACAGGACCCAGGUGCUUCAAGCAUCCCAGGCUAGGCCACCCUUUUUUUGCCGCAUCUGUGGCAAGUGUUUCAGCAGGCGCUCCUACCUCUAUAGCCACCAGUUUGUUCACAAUCCCAAGCUGACUAACAGCUGCAGCCAGUGUGGGAAGUUGUUUCGGAGCCCCAAGUCCCUCAGCUAUCACAGACGCAUGCAUCUUGGGGAGAGGCCCUUCUGUUGCACGCUCUGUGACAAGACCUACUGUGAUGCUUCUGGACUAAGUCGUCACCGCCGUGUCCAUCUGGGUUACCGGCCCCAUUCAUGCUCCGUGUGUGGGAAGAGCUUCCGGGACCAGUCUGAACUCAAACGCCACCAGAAGAUACACCAAAACCAGGAGCCAGUGGAUGGAAACCAAGAGUGUACUUUGAGGAUUCCAGGCACCCCUGUUGAAUUACAGACACCUCUUGCCAGAAGCCAGAGGUCCAUCCAGGGGCUUGUGGAUGUGAACCAUGCACCAGUGGCCAGGUCUCAGGAAACCAUAUUUAGAACUGAGGGUCCUAUGGCCCAGAACCAGCCAUCUGUACUUAAGAACCAAGCACCUGUGACCAGGACCGAGGCACCCAUCAUUGGAACCCCCUGUCAGGAUGCCAGAUCCAACUCUCAUCCAGUGAAGCCCUCGAGACUCAAUGUCUUCUCUUGCUCGCAUUGUCCUUUGACUUUUAGCAAGAAAUCCUAUCUCUCCAGACACCAGAAGGCCCACCUCACAGAGCCACCCAACUACUGCUUCCAUUGCAGCAAGUCUUUCAGUUCAUUUUCCAGGCUGGUCAGACACCAGCAGACCCACUGGAAGCAGAAGAGCUACCAUUGCCCUAUAUGUGAUCUCUCCUUUGGGGAGAAAGAGGGCCUUCUGGAUCACUGGAGGGGCUAUAAAGGCAAGGAACUGUGCCAGAGCAGCCACCAUAAAUGCCGGGUGAUCCUGGGCCAGUGGCUUGGCUUCUCUCAUGAUGCCCCCACUAUAGCUGGGGAGGAAUGGAAGCAUGGAGGUGAAUAAUCUCCCCCCAGGAUCCAUACCCUCAGAAGAAGAGGCCUAAGAGAGAAGGCCUGCAAAGGAGACAAAACAAAGGAGGCAGUGAGCAUCUUGAAACAUAAAUAAAUGGCCUUUCUGACUGA